AUGGAGUUCCAAUAUUAUCCAAUGCUGCUCUUCAUUUCUUUCUUCUCUCUCAUUGUCUUCAACUCUGCGCAGGAACCAUCUCUCUCUCCAGAUUCUCCUCCAAACUUGCAAUCUUCAUCCUCCCCAACAUUAGCCCUUUCCACAGAUGAGGUCUAUAUUCCUCAAACCAUAUAUACUCCUUCUAUUUCCGAUCCACCAUCAGAGUCAAUUGCUCCCUCCACCGAGGGCGUUCCACCACCAUUAGCCUAUUCAACCGACCAUUUCUCUAUCCCUCCAGGCGCAUAUCCACCAUCAGAGGCAGUCCCUCCAUUCAACAGUGAUGCACCAGAGUCAGCCCUGCCAUUCGCCUCUUCAGCAGACCAUGUCUCUCUUCCUCCAGACACAUAUUCUCCUACAGAGUCUGAUGCACAAUCAGAGUCAAUUGCUUCUUCCAUCACAACUGACUCUAAUGCACCAUCAGAAUCAGUACCGUCAUCCACCAACAUCCACCCUACCAUCAAAAAAAUCGCUGACUCAACUGAUUUUCCUGACUUAUUCGUCUCCACAGUCGUCCCCUUGCUAAAAGGUAAAAGUGACAUUACGUCCGUGCUUGAAGUGGCAAUGAAAGUUAGUACUGACUUAACGAAUUCGGCCCUGUUGGCGGCCAAAAAAGCGGCUGAAAUGCCUGGAACUCCUCCUGAAAUGAUCUCUAUCCUCGGUGAUUGUUCAGAUAGUUAUGACACUGCUGUGUACAACUUUCAGCACGCAAUGGACGCACUCGCUGCUCAUGACAUUGGCACGAUGAAUACCAUGCUUACUGCAGUUUUAACAGAUGUUGGCGAUUGUGAGGACGGCUUUACGGGGAUGAGUUCUCCAUUGUCAGCCUAUGCUGAAAAGGUGACCAAGAUGACCAGCAAUUGCCUUGCCAUUAUUUCCUUGAUCCACUGA